AUGAUUGAAACGAAAACCACGUUUGAACGUCACUCCAGCGCAUCUGCCAAACCUACCAACCACAGUCUCAUACGGCCUCACUUUUCUGAUGUCCAUCGAUUGAGAAAAAUUCUUCCGGUGAGAAACACCUCUUUGCCAGCGUCUGAAAGUCAGGAAGUUCAUGCGGUUGUAAAAGCACAAAGAUCGCAACUUAUCAUCGUUUCACAGAAAAGAUCGGGCUCAUCUUUCGUGGGAGAAAUUUUCAAUCAACAUCGGGACGUAUUCUAUGUGUCCGAGCCACUGAAAUCUUUGACUACAUUGUUUAAAAGAGACAAGGGGUCGUUCGACACAGCUGCGCAUGAUGUUCUGAAUGCAACACUCCAGUGCGACUUCCAACGUAUUCCCGUUGCUGGAUGGGUUAUUGAAAGAUCAUCUGUCAAUACCUGUAGCCAUGUCCAAGAAGAUACGGUGUCGCUCAGACUCGGAUGUAAGGAAGCCAAGAGUAGAUACUGCGAUCAACCUUAUUUGAAAGUAUCCGCCGACAAGUGCAGAAUAAGAAAACACCUUGCAAUAAAAACUAUCCGCGUGAACGAUUUAGGCCAGUUGAAAAGUUUCUUUACGACAGGAAAGCUGAACGUCACAGCGCUGCAUUUGGUGCGAGAUCCAAGGGGCGUCAUGAACUCAAGACGCCUGUUAGGUGAAGCAAAUCUAGAUUUCCUUCGCCGGAAAGGUAUCCACGGUGAUGAAACGUUGGACUUAUGCCAGCAUAUGGAACGAAAUGUUGCCUUUGCCCAGCAUGGUCCUGAGUGGCUACAGGACAACUACAUCCUCGUGCGUUAUGAAGAUAUGGCAGAACAACCUCACAAAAUCACGGCUGAAAUUUACAGGCAUCUCGGUUGGGAAAUGUCCGAAGCAAUUACCAAGUGGCUUGAAGCAAACACCAACCACAACGCUGGAGGGGAGCAGGAAACGGAGGGAUGA